AUGGACACAUCGGACGACAAUGAGCAAAUUGAAGAGCUAAUCUAUUCGGAGGAAGGUGAGGAAUAUGAGGAGGAGACUGUGGAUAUUCUGCAAGCGGAAGAGGAGGAGGAACAGCUUGAGGAGGACUAUGAAGAUGAGGAAGAAGAAGCCAGCACUUCGCAGGUUAUCGCCACUGAUGGGGGAUCCAUGAAGAAUUACUUGUGCAUCAAGUCCAGUGCGGGAACGACGAUUCCCGUGCAGGUGAAGAGCGUGCCGACCAUCAGGAAUCAAGCGAUUGCGUCUCAGGUACAACGCCUCAUGGGGAAGCAGGUGACAAUUGUUUCCAAGACAGUUCCGAGUCCGGCAACUCCCGUUGCCAUUGCAUCGCGUCCUCAGCAGCUGUCAGGACAGCGGAUUGCCCUUCAGAGUGGCGCGAAGAAGAUUGUUACAAUAUCCCCGUCGACGCAGCAGCAGUACAAAGUUGUUUCCUCCAGUGGAACUCCGACGUAUUUGAGUAAGGUGAAGACAUUGGGAACGAGUCCGGGGCAGAAGAUUAUCGUCAAGACAUCCCCCGGGGCGAUGGGAUCCAAAAUCAGUGGAACAUUCAUUGACAUGGCUGGUAGUGGGCAGAAGCACAUCGUCCACAGUUCUCCCAACAUAAUUAAUCUCGGAGCAUCAUCGUCGCAAAUUCAGAGUCGCCCGACGCCCACAAUGAAGGCUAUUAAUGUUUCCAACAAAGUUCAGGUGGUUCGUGUAAUAAAUCCCAAGACACAGCAGCAAUCCCUGCAGAAGAUUGUUCUUGCAAGUCCCCAGAAGAUCAAGACAGAACCGGGAACUUCUGGUGCAACGGCGCCACCAAAGCUGGUGAUUCAGGGCAAAAACGGUCAAUGCUUCUACGUGGCUACAUCCCAAUCGAAACCCACUGCCACGAAGUACACGAUUGAGAAUAAGGCCAGCACUUCACAAUCCCGGAAUCCAGUACCUGCAUCAAAGAUUGUACUGGACAAGGAUAAGCUGAAGGUUGUUUUUCCGGAACCGACGAUCCUCAAUUCGAGCGUUGCAACAAACAGCAAAAGCUUCCCGGUGCACGUCUUCACGAGUCGCAGCAACGUCACUCCCGGAACCAAUACCACCGUCACCAAUGUCCGGAACUUCAGCAAUAAGCCCAUCAUUACGGAGCGCAAGGUUGAGAUCAAGGAGAAGAUUGACAUUGAGAAGCUUCUCGAGGGUCAGGGAUUAGGCGAUGGGAAGCGUCGACCGUGCAACUGUACCCGUUCGCAGUGCCUCAAACUCUACUGCGAGUGCUUUGCAAAUGGGGAAUUCUGCAAGAACUGCAACUGCAAGGAGUGCUACAACAGUCUUGAGCACGAAGAUGAACGCCAAAAGGCCAUUCGCCUGUGUCUCGAUCGCAAUCCCAAUGCCUUUCGUCCGAAAAUUGGGAAAUUCAGCGAAGAGGACGCAAUCCGGAGGCAACACAACAAGGGAUGCAACUGCAAACGUUCUGGAUGCCUCAAGAACUACUGCGAAUGCUACGAAGCAAAGAUUUCUUGCUCCAACAAUUGCAAAUGCUUCGGAUGCCGCAACGUUGAAGGCUACUUCCCAACUGACGAUGGCACCCCUGUGUCGGGGAUGAAGCGUCCCAGCCAGGAACUCGAGGCGCUCUGCUCCCCGCGCAAGCAGGCGUGCAACUUUAUGACACCUGACGUGGUGGAAGCCUCCAUUCAAUGUAUGAUCGCUCAGGCGGAUGACUGCCAGAAGUCCAAUGUUCCCUUCCUUCUCACCGAGAAGAUGAUCCUGGAGGAAUUCGGACGCUGCCUGGCUGAAAUAAUUGACUUCUCAUUCAACAACACUGACUAAUUUGACCGUUUUCCUUUAUUUUCUUCUUCAUCAAUCCCAAAUUUAUUUCUUCUGUUACAAUUUAUAAUGCCAUUUAUGCGGGUUUAUGCUAAAAUGUAGUCCCAUCAAAAAGUUUUUUUUCUCUGCAAAAUAAAGUUGAGUAAAUUUCAUAAA